AUGGCGGCGUCACUCCCGCGACACGGUAGCCGGCUGUUCCGAACGUAUGGGGCUGCGGCUGGCGGCGGGCCGCGGCGAAGGCCGCGCCGAGCAGCAGCGCAGUGGUUCCCGCCGCAGGACCGGAAGCAUUUCUGCAGCAGCAGCGGCAGCAGCGACGCCAGCAGCGGCGGCCCCUCGCAGUCGGUCGCUUCCGAGGAUCCUGACGACCCUGACUUCCCCGGAAGCCCGGUGGGUCGACGGCGGAGGCGUCCUGGGGGCCGCGUGUCCAGGACACGGUCGAGUCUGACCGUGACCCCAAGACGCCUGAGGCUGCGAUCUCGGCCCCCGCAGAAGUGCAGCACCCCCUGCAGCCCGCUCCGAACGCCGCCCUUCUCCAGCCGCAACCCCGGCCGCCGCAACCCAGGCCGGCCCAGCGCGGACCUCAGCGUGUGCAGCCAGCCCAAGGACACAGACGAGCUGGGCACCAGUGCCUCCCUCUUCAGCUCUCUGGCCUCGCCCAUCCCCGGGUCCCUAGCGCCAAGGGACAGCAGCCCCGGCCCCUCCGCCUCUCCAGCAGCCUCCCUGAACCAAGCAUCUCUCGCCUGUUCCCAGGAGGCAGCAACAGGAGGAGGCAGGUUCGCCGGGAUGGCCCACCAAGCCCGUGCCAGCUUCAGGUCAGCUCUCUUUAGCCUUGUGGACUUAAGAACCCCUGAGGAUUCUGAGUUUGGGGCAGAUGGGAAGAAUGUAAGGGAGUCCCGCUCUGAAAGGGAACUGGUGGGAAACAGUCUGGAGGCCCCAGGUCUAUCAAGCACCCGAAAGAAGAGAGCCACAGACCAGGACUCUUGUCAAGAGAUUGGGUCCCAGGGGGCUUUCCGGAUAAAAUACAAGAAGGCCAGUGGUUUCGAGGGCUGUAUUGAACCUGGUAAAAUCGACAGGCCUGAGAGAACUGUGCCACGACGAAAGAGGAAACAUCAGGAGGCAGUGGAAACCUCCCUCCUCCAUUACCGCCAGUUUAAAAAGGGUCAAAAGAUGGGGAAAGAUUCAUUCCUCACCCAGGACCUGACUCAUUUACAGAAUGCCUGCUCUUGGACCCAAACCAGGGCAUCCUUCAGUUUCCACAAGAAGAAAAUUGUGACUGAUGUGUCAGAGAUGUGCAGUAGCUAUACCGUUGCCAGUUCUCUCUCUGCAUCCUUCAUAUCAGAAUAUUCAAACCCUCCUGUCAUGAACAGAACAAAUAGUGCUCUGUCUCCCUGGCACUCCUCUUCCUUGUAUUUGCUAAGCCCCUUAAAGACUCUACAUGUUGCAAAUAAAAAGGUAUCUGAUGCUGAAAAGGUUUAUGGGGAAUGCAAUCAGGAAGGUCCUAUCCCCUUUAGCUAUUGCCUUUCAACAGAAAAACUGGAACAGUGUGAGAAGAUUGGGGAAGGGGUGUUUGGCGAAGUGUUUAAAAUAAUUGUUGAUCACACACCUGUAGCCCUAAAAAUCAUUGCUAUUGAAGGACCAGAUUUAGUCAAUGGAUCCCAUCAGAAAACCUUUGAGGAAAUCCUGCCAGAGAUCAUCAUCUCCAAAGAGCUGAGCCUCUUGUCUAAUGAGGUGUGCAACCACACAGAAGGCUUCAUUGGGCUGAACUCAGUGCACUGUGUUCAAGGGUCUUACCCUCCCUUGCUCCUCAAAGCCUGGGAUCAUUAUAACUCAACCAAGGGAUCUGCAAAUGGCCGGCCUGACUUUUUUGAGGAAGACCAGCUCUUCAUUGUGCUAGAAUUUGAGUUUGGAGGGACUGACUUAGAGCAAAUGAAAACGAAGUUGUCCUCCAUGGCUACUGCAAAGAGCAUUCUACACCAGAUCACAGCAUCCCUUGCAGUGGCAGAGGCAUCGCUACACUUUGAGCACCGAGACUUACACUGGGGGAAUGUGCUCUUAAAGAAAACCAGCUUCAAAGAGCUCCACUACACACUCAACGGGAAGACAAGCACUAUUCCCACCUGUGGGCUGCAAGUCAACAUCAUUGACUACACCCUGUCACGCUUGGAGCGGGAUGGGAUUGUAGUUUUCUGUGAUAUUUCCAUGGAUGAGGACCUAUUUACAGGUGAAGGUGACUACCAGUUUGAGAUCUACAGGCUCAUGAGGAAGGAGAACAACAACUGCUGGGGUGAAUAUCACCCUUAUAAUAAUGUGCUCUGGCUACAUUACCUCACAGAUAAGAUUCUGAAACAAAUGACCUUCAAGACUAAACGUAACACCCCUGCCUUGAAGCAAAUGAAGAAAAAGAUCCAGCAUUUCCAUAGGACAGUGCUGAACUUCAGCUCUGCCACUGACCUGCUCUGCCAGCACAGCCUAUUUAAGUAA